AUGUCAUCCUCACUGUUCAGUUCAGCGGCAGAGAGAGGCGAAGCCGUCUCCGCCGCAGCCAGGAGCGCCUUGGCGCGCGAAAAGAAGCGAUCGGUCCGCUUCGGAAUGCCGUGUCGCCGGCGUGUGGCUGCGCAGACUGCUGACGCGUCUUCGUCUUCAUCGAAUGUGGCUGUGCCCGCCCCCAGCAGCGGGAACUGCGCGGCAUCUCGUUUUUCGAGUUCCAAGGUCCGCGUCUACCCUCCUGCUCACGCGGAGUCAACUCGGCGGAAACGCGGCCGUGUUGCGUCUCUGUGCUUGCUCUUGCUUCUGUUGUCCAAGUUGGCCAGUUUCCUCUUUCGCCAGUCGCCUCUGCGUUCUCGGUCCACGUCAUCUGCUCCAGAGGCGCCUUCAGCGCUCGAGUUCUUGUUUCCCUCUUGGGGUGUACAGCCCCCCCUUGCUUCGCCGGCGGCAGUCUUUCCGGCGCCGUUUUUCUCUGCGACCUUCGCCUAUGCCCAGGCGUUUUCCGUCCUUGAAGAGGAAGGAGAGUGGGCCGAAGAGGAGUCCGACGAAGAAGACAUGGCCGAGGACGUCAGCGAAGAACAGAGCGAGAACGAUGACACCGGAGCCGCGACACACCGAGUCUACCAGCACGACGACCGAUACUACCGGGCGUUGCCUCUGACAGAUGCGCAGUAUCUUCUUGACAGCAUUCGUUUGCAGUUUCCUCACUUGGCGCGCUCUCCGUCUGUCUGGAUCGACAUCGAAGAAGAAAUCACUCGCCAGCUUCGUCUCGUCGACCGUCGCACGUUCCCGCAAUCCCUCUUCGAAAGCAUCACUGAGAGCGAAGCGCUCGAGCCUGGCGCUCUUCUCACGCCUCUAGGUCGAAGUGAACUUCCCGAAGGCGAGGCGCGCGCCUACGAAAUCCAAAAGACUACUGAGAUCAUUCAAGACGUUCUAAGCCGCCACCUAGGUUCCCCCGCGCCUGCGUCGGAGGCGGCAACGGACUCCGCCUCUUCACCUCACGCUGCUCCGUCUCGGCCGAGCGUGUCGUCUCCUUCGUCUGGGGACUCUUCGCCUGUGAACGGCGCGCAUGUGCCACGCGCGAGUACCCCCUCUGGAGACGCGUCGGCGUCCAAAGUGUCUUCUCUCUCUGCAGGCAAAGAGCUCCAGCCUGACAACAGUGGUCCGCAAGCUCCACAGGUGCACGGCGCCGACCCCUCGCCAGCAGUGUCUCCGCAGUCGCCUAGCGCGACGCGACAGGCGAAAGUGCCGGGCAGUGGCGUUCCCGUGAGCGCCGUCCCAAAAGAGACGUCUGCGCCUCGCCAUCCGCCUGGCGGGUCCGACCCGAGAGAAUUUGGUAGAGGCGAUUCUCUGCGGAGCGCCUCGGGAGAGUCUUCCACUGCAUCCGGGCAACAGAGAGGCCUGCUGCGAACGGAGGCGUCCGGAAGCACGUCUCUGUCCUCCCCAGCGCCAGCCAGUUCCCCUUCCUCUGGAGUCGAUGCACCGAGCGCGCCGACGGAAGCGCCGGGGGAGAAGCAAGGACCCUCUCAGAAUCAGAAACGGCGCAAGACGACAGGAGAACUUGGCCCCGACGAGCCGCUGAACCUGGGGGAGGUUGCCUUUCGUCCGUCGGCCUACAUAGACUUGAUUCUCCGCGUGGCGAAGCCGGCGAAAUUCGCGAAUGACGACGCGUCGGACCGCCGGCGAAGGAAGGACCAGCACAGCCUCGCGGGAACUGGAGGCAGUCCGGCGAAGGCGAGAACGGACGGUUCCGGUGCUGCGGACCGCUCGGAUUCCCCGUUGUCUUCGCCUCCGCCGCGUCCGUCGCCUCGCGCGGUGCGAGAUUUCGGCGAGUUCUACGUGCUUCUGCGCGGCGUGCUGGAGUACCAUCGCGAAGGCCUCCCGCAGGCGACUUCGCCUUCUCCGGAGCCUUUGUUCCCCAGCAGGGCUGAGACAGGUGGACACGACGCGAGCGCUAUAUGGAGGGAGGAGGGGGGCGAAGGACUCGGCGCAGCCACGACGUCGACGGCUCUUCUCGAGGCCUUGCACACGGAGCUCAACAACCUGUCGGUCGAGGGCGUGAAGAAGGUUCAAGCAGAAGCCUACGGCGCGUGCUCCUUUUUAUCUUUCUUCGGUGUCCCCGAUGCAGAGGGAAAGUUGCAGUUGCCUGGAGGGUGGCCAAGAGACAUUCGCCUCGCCCUCCGGUGCGCCGUUGAGGGCAAUCGCGGCCGGCAGCUCUGCGGAACCUGCUUCUUGAUUGACGGUCUGGCGACCGCCUUGGGCUUUCCUCCCGUCGUCGCCGGCUCCGACGCAUGGGCAAUUGCGCAGGACGUGGGUGUGAAGAGUCUCUUUGUUAUGCACCGACGCCCGGACUUGUACAUGCCGCCCGACCUUCUCGACGAAGGGGUGAGUUCGAGGCAGGCUGGCACGCCGUUCGGCCCUCGGACGAGCUCGCCGGCGGAAACGGGACAAGGCGCGUCUCCGAGGCACGCCAAAGGCCUUCGCAGCAGCUUUGAUGCGCCCUUAAUCAAAUACGAGAUGGCGGCUCAGUUGGGAGAUUCCCUCGGGAAGCUUGCAGCGGCGUACUAUCUUCAAACUGGUCUGGGGACUAUAGAUUACAGAUACAAGGACAAGGAGGAGAUCGACGAGCCGGCGCUCCCUGACGAAUUGUUGCCUUAUCGAAAAGGGAAAGUUACCAAGGCCCAGGUUUCGACUGAGCGUCUCCCGGGGAAUUCGUCUACUGGGUGUUUCGCGGCGUUGAAGCACGUGCUGGAUGUCGGCCGCGAUGCAACCGACGCGAGCUCCGGGCAUGUGACGCCUCGCUACCUGCUGCGAGAGCACCUCGUGCCUUCGGCCUACCGACAUUCCUCGACGCAAAAUCUUUCCUCGCUGUCGCGCGUCGAAAUCGCCAGUGCCGACGAAGGCCACGCAGGCAGUGCAGGGAGCGAUCCGGCGACCAGCACAGCGAGUGAAGAGUACGCGCUUCUCGUUCAAAGCCUCGCGGACGACGGAUCUCCCGGCGGACUCGCGGCGCUCGGCGAUUUGUACUUUCAUGGCCACGAGGCAGGAGGAAUUGCGAGGGACGUGGGUCGGGCGGCGGAGCUCUGGCGUUCGGCUGCUGCGAUGGGAGACGCAAACGCCGCCAUGGCCUUGGCGUAUCUGCUUCUGGGGGAUGUGAGCGAGGCCGCGCGAGAAGCCAAGGAAGAGGAAGACGACUCGGAGAAAUCUGGGAAGAAAGACGACUCGGAGAAAUCUGGGAAGGAACAAGUCCGGACUUCUGUGUCCGCGGCCUCCUUCGGGGACCCUGCCAGAGACACGCGCUCGCCCCCAGGCAAGACUUCAGUUCAGCCUGCAUCGGCGACAGGCGAAGCGAGUUUGGGAGAAAAUAUAUGGUCUCUCCUUUCUUCCUUCUUGUCAGGGGGUGGAGGAGAUGUGGGGCCUUCCGUUUCUCCUACAGAUGCCGCGAACGCCCCUCCGCGCGCCUCGGGGGAUGCCCGGGCGGCGACAGGCGCGCAUGCACAGGGGGAUGUGUGGGGUUCUUUAGGAGACACCUUUCCAGGAGGGCGAGGCGGAACGGGCGUCGGCGGUUUCGUCGACGGGCUGUUUCAUCGCUUCUUUUCUUUCGGCGCCGAUCGGGAGAAAGAGCUGCCGAACGGCCAGCUGGAUGCCGACAAGGAGGAGGCACCGACGAAAGAGAAGACAGACUGGACGAAAGCCUCAGCAGAGCCGUAUCUCAAGCAGGUCAUUUCCGGCGGAGAGGGAGCGUCGCCCCACCUCGCUCGGUACCUCGCCUACCGUCUGGGUGUCGAAGGAUUCACCAAUAGCACCUUAGCCGCCGAGAGUUUGCAGCGAGCGGCGGAUCUCGGCGACAGCAACGCGCAGAUGCUGUACGCGAACGCCCAUAUGAGUGGAGUGAGGCCUUCGUCGAUUUCUGCUCAUCCUUCGUCCUUCUUCCCGAACGGAACGGACGUGUCUGUCGCUCUCCGUUACUACACGAAGGCAGCUGAGCAAGGACGGUUCGAAGCGAUUUUCAAUGUCGCUGUUCUCACCCUGCACGGAGCCGGAGAAGGAACGCUCGCGUCCACUGGCCUCUCGUCUCCAACCACCUUAGAUCCCGGUCCUUCGUCUUCCUCCUCCUCUUCUUCUUUCUCUUCGUCUUCUUCCUCCUCUUCUUUCUCUUCGUCGUCUCCCCCUUCUCCCUCUCCGUCUUUGUCGUUUCCGGACAAGCUUCGAUUGCGUCGCCCUUUCCGUGAGAGGUGCGUGGAGGCCUUUGGUCUCUUCCAGAAGGUCGCCUUUAGCCACCCGACAGUUGGUGCACUGCAUGCGCUGUCUUCUUACGCCUUCUCCAAGGGCGACGAGACGGGGGCGUUGCUGGUCAGUGUGCUCUUAUCCGAGAUUGGGCACGCCGCGGGCCAUGUAAACGCGGCUGCUCUGUGGCCUCGCUUGACGCGCAAACGCGCCGAGUUGGUGGAGCGACUGUACGCCGCGUUCAAAGCAAAAAGAGGCGACGAGGAGACAGGCGUGCUGGAUGGGCAGGGGAGAAGAAACGGGAGGCGAGAAGACGAAACUGCGGAAGAACGGAGCGCUGGACGCUCCGCCGCAGAGAACUGCGCGAACGUCUCCGCCUUUGCAGUAUAUGGAAGCUUCUUCCUCCCGCAGCAGACGUACCUUGCCACUCCGGAAGCAGCCGUCUACCACGUCUCCGACUCACCGGUUUCCGUUUCGCGUCCACCUUCCCUCCCACAUUCUUCGGAGCCGAGGCCAGAUGGGCCGUCCGGGCCAGAAGACGGCGGGGGAUUUUCCCUGCAGACGUGCGACUUGUCGGUUGCCUCAAACGCCUUGCGCGUGCACCUUCACCACCUCCGAGUCUCGGAAUUCGUCAGAUGCUGGGCACGACCUCCAGGCGAGGAAUGGCGGAACCAGCUAUUCGAGCGUUUCCCCUUUCUGCGGCGAGUUGUGCCGAGAGGCGCGACCGGGAAAGAAGGCGAGGGAGCCUGGGACCGCUUCAGUGGCGCAGAGACCGAAGGCGAUGUGUGCGCGUUCUACUUCCUACGGAGAGCAGCCGUGGCGGGCGAUGUGACGAGCAUGUUGGAGGUUUCCCGGGCAUACCUGGACCAGGCUGCGUUCUUCGAGGAGACUCAGGAACAAGUGCAAGCGGCCUUCGCCAGUCGUGGAGCAGCCUUCCGGAGUUUAUCUGUCGAGGAGCGCAUCGAAGAGAUGGCCCGACGAACUGUCGAGGGGGCAAACAACUCGCAGCUGGCCUCUUCGCAUGAGGGCAGACAGGCUGCGUCGCCCCACGGGGAAGGGCCGUCCGCCCAGGCGCAGAAAGGGGAGAAAGGCGACCGCGAAAGCGCGGUCCCCUCGUGGGUCAAACGACUCUUUCUCGAUGCCAUCGACGCCCGACGAAGAGCGUCUUUCGUGUGGCGGAGUGCGGCGGGGAAGCAGAAGGACGGCCGCGGGCUCCUCGAGCUCGGCGAGGCGUUCGAGCACGGCCAGGGUGUGAGGAGAGACCGCAGGGAGGCGUACAAGAUCUAUUUUACCAUGGCGACCGACCCGCAGCACACCCCCGCCAGCAGGUUCCUAGGAUUCCUAGCGUUGGGACAAGCCACGCUGAGGUGGAUGGGGCGUCGAAUCGGAGAACUCGGUGUCCCCUUUCACUGGGGCCUCCGACCGCCUGUCUCCGGCACUGUCUCCUUUGUGGCCCGGAGCGCAGCCCCACGCACGGCGAGCCGCGGCGCAGAGGCCAGCGAGGGAGACGCGGAGGAUUUCCAGGAGAUGCCGCGAGAGGACGACGACCCGUCCCCUUUCACGUGCAUACAGGAGUGGAGAGCUUCAGAACAACGUGCGAAGGAGUGGCAGAAUUACGUUUGGAACCGACUGCUGCUUGUGUUCUUCCUCUUGCUUGUGGCCGCUCUCUUGGGCAUUGUAACUGCCAUGCAUGCUCGCGGACUGACGGCGUCUCGGGCGCCGUUGCGCGCGGCAGAGCACGAGGCAGAAAACCUUCCGUUCUUCCACAUGGAGUCCAUGGAGUCCGCUCGAGCGGCGAGGCCUUCGCCCAUGGGAACCGUCGAGGCUGCAAGCUCUGCAGGCGCUGACUCAACUUUGUCCGAUAGGCGAGAGGAUGGCCGCGGAGGGGAGCGGCAACCUUCUGCGGCUUUUUUGUCGCAGCAGAAGGGCAGCGGCAGCCGAGGAAGGUCGCCCAGCCCGGCCACGUCGGCGGUAUCCUUCACCGAUUGCCGCAUGCAGUCCAGUGAAGAAGAAGCUGCUGGGCCGAGAAACGAAGACGUCGGGGACAAGGCAGAGAGCGUGGGUAUUGUGUGGCAUAGAGACAGCGAUGGCGCAGCAAGCUGGGAUGCAGGGGUGGGUGAAGGCGCUGAAGACAGAGAUGCCUCUGAACUGGUUUGCGGUGACAGGGUAGGAGGUACGCAGGCAGGCGACGACGACGGACCGUCUUGUCUUCGGCGAAGGAUUGUUGGGCGGGACAAGGAAAGCAGCAUGCAGUCUUCUGCGUAG